UGUCCAUUUCUCUCUAGUCAAUUAUCUUCGCUUGAUUUUACCAAAAAAAAAAAAAAAUUAUCUUCGCUUGCAACCAAAAUUUCAAGAGAAAAUGGCAUUCCGUAGGGAUCCGCCAGGACCACCACCACCCGACCCAUUUGCACCACCACCUCCCCCUCCUCCUCCUCCUCAUCAUGGGCAUCCACCAGGUCCACCACCUCCACCGCCGCCUCGGGAAUUCUUUCCUCCACCUCCACCUCCCCAUCUGGAAUUCCAUCCUCCACCCCCACCGUAUUACCCACCAGGCCCUCCGCCACCUGGUCCUCCUCCACCGCCUUACUCAGACCCCUACAGACCGCCGCCACCACCUUGGGGUCGUCCUCCUCCACCUUUCUAAGUAAUUAACAUACAGCAGCUUUCACUGAUAUAUCUUAUUUGUAUAUGGUCUACGCACGUCGGGACGUUGUAUGCACGAGGAGCGUCUGAUCAAGGCUGCUGCUUUAGGAGAAAAAGAAAUAAAAAAUCAUGUGUAUAGACGUUGUAAACCUUAUUCAUAUUUUUAGACCCUAUUUUUUUCAUCAUGGGUGUGUACUUUCACGAUUCAAAUAAUGUAAUAAUAUAAUUGCAAGGUAGAUAAUAUAUAGUUUGGUUUGGUACUUCGUGUGUAUUUUAUCCCGAUAUAUACCUUUCGAUGAAGAAGAA